GCUGCUCUACGCACAGACUCGAAUGGGAGUCGUAAACCGGUGCCGAGCGUUAGAAACGGAAUCUCAAAGCAUGUCAUUUGCAGGCGUACCUCACCUGACGUACGCAUCGGUCUAGUUAAAGGCGAGGAACGUUAAGUUUGUUAUUGUAAUUUCGAAUGUUACUGUUUAAACGCAUUCUGUCGUAGAAUCAUUUGAACGUUCUACAGUCUGAGACGAGUCGUGAGAGAUUGCAUUAACGGACGGAUUUGAUGGAUGAUCACCGAAGCGCUCGCGAGAACAACGUGCGUUUACGCAAAGCGAACCUCAUUGUGCAUUAUUGAAAUCGUUUUGGAUAACCUCAAUUAAGCGCCUGCUUAAAAAUGAGCGCACUUCUCUUCAGAACAGCGAGAGUGUAUGACGUCUUUAUUCCUCGCGUAACGGGAUGAUGGUCUGUGCGGCUUGGAAACCCGCUUUUAAUUGUUCUUUACAUUGUGGAUGUCGGAUCGACUGAACCCAGAGGGGUAGCUCGCUGAUUUAACUAAACUUUAACUUUCAUUCAAACUAUUAUAUUCGUGACCAUGCCGGUCAGUGCGAUGCCGAGAGGUCGGUCUCUGAGCCCGGUGUCCCUGUCCCGCAGUCUCUCCCGGCUGAGGGAGUUUCGGACCCGGAGUCGCAUCAUGCUUUCUCUGGGAGUUUCACAGAUGGUGCUCGGGAGUCUCAUCUUGGCUGUCAGUUUCGCCGCUUUGGCCCUCACUACUUCUCCGAGGGUCAGACAUUCGUGUCCCUUUUGGGCUGGAUUCUCGGUGCUUUUGUCCGGACUGAUCGGAGUGGUGUCAUGGAAAAGGCCCCUUUCUUUGGUGAUAACUUUCUUUAUGCUGUUGUCUGCUGUGUGCGUGAUGCUGAACCUUGCUGGAGCCAUCCUUUCCUGUCAGAAUGCCCAGUUGGUCAACUCUCUAGAGGACUGUCAGCUGAUCAAAUUUGACAGUGAUGGAGUUUGUGUCUGCUGUGAGCUUGAGCACCAGAGAUCCACCUGUAAUAAUCUGGGAGAGACUCUUAAACUCAAUCCGCUGAGGGACUGCAACACCAUACGCCUCAGACUUAAGGAGCUGCUUUUCAGUGUGUGUGCACUGAAUGUUAUCUCUACCAUUGUGUGCGCUCUGGCCACAGCAGUGUGCUGUAUGCAAAUGGUUUCUACUGAUUUACUACAGAUGUUCAUGCCACACAGAGCACGUGCCUUGAGUGCGGACUGCAUGACACCUCAUGGCACCAUCUUACACCAGACACUGGACUUCGAUGAAUUCAUCCCACCCAUUCCUCCUCCGCCCUACUACCCCCCAGAGUACACCUGCACACCUGUGAUGGAAGGCCAGAGAGGGUUGCAUCUGGAUUUUCCACACUCUCCCUUCAGUGCUAUUUAUGGAGUACCCAUUAACAGCCCUGGGGCUCUGUAUCCAUCUGAGCUGCCACCACCAUAUGAAUCUGUGGUGGGACAGACACCUGCCAGUCAGAUCAUCACCAGUUUUGAGCAACAAGUCACUGAGUCCAGUCUGUGUGAAAGGAACACCACAACUGGCCUUAGCACUCAGGCCUCUGUUGAUAGUACUUCCCUUAUGGUGUCAGAGACAGCAGACAUCCCUGAUCACAGCUGUUCCUCUGAAGACAUGUGCUCUCUAGAGGUGCAGGGCUCUGAUUCUUCUCCUUAUGGUACUUUGCGCAUGGCACCAACUAUUGGCAGCUGCACAAGCCUGGAACACAGCACCUGCUCUUCCCUGAGACGACAGGCCUGCGCCCGGCUCAACCACAGCGAGUCCUCUGUCGUGCAGGAAUCUAACCCCCAAUCGCCCGAGUUGUCACCCGAGUCUGUCAAUGCUCUCGAGAAGGAGGAGAGUACAGCUGUUUUACCCGUGUAUUGUACACAGCACAGUGAAAGAUCCAAUGGGAAGCUAACCCUCCCUUUUCCUCUGAACGCUCCAUCCCAUUGUGCUUCCAGCUCUGCUGUGACUUCCACUGCAAGUGCAGCUCCUGUCCUGAACUCCUCUGUCUGCACCUCCCCAUCACCCACCGUUCAGCUGCGGGGAACCCGGCUCUGCUUCAGUAUCUGGUCCCCAUCAUCCUCUUCCUCACUGGCUCCACAGCCCCAUGCUACAUCUGCCCUCAGCAGCUCCAACCUCCGUGAGCGUCCCCGCACUCUCCGUGCCACCAGAGGUUACCGGAAACUGGCGAGGAUUGUGCGUUCCACUAGCGAACCGAUAUCCUGUACUUCCAUAUCUAGAAGUGAUCGCUGUGCUCCAGCUUCUAACCAUCCACCUGAGGACUCCCCACAGACCCCCUGUGAUCAAGCAUGUAUGGAGCUCUCUGAGAGUGUCCGACGGCCUGCCACCAAACACAGCAGCCUUGGAUCCAAGAAACAGAAGGAUGCUGGGAAGGUUGACAUCCGACUUAAACCUCACAUUCCUCACUCAGUGUCUACAGAACACCUGCACUCUCUCGCAGACCUCAAAACCUACAAAGACACCAAAGUACUGGUGGCCAAAUUCCUAGAGCACUCUAGCUGCAGUCUACCUCCAGAGGUCCAGCAGGUGGUCAACAGCAUUAAAUGUGUCAUUAAAUCUGAUGAGAAGCACAUGGAGGAGGCCAUAUUCAGUGCCAACAUAAUUGAUCAGUUGAUGACACAAUCACAGAAUGUCAUGGGCAGCCCAAGGAAGCAUGCGCACGAAGACCUGCAUUUACAGAGCUGUGGAGCUUUGAGUUCCCCAUCCUCAUCCUUGCGCCGUCCUUCAUGCGGAUCCAGUCAGACAGAAGUCUCUGGUACCCUGGAUCUGCAAUCUCCUCAUCAUCCUCAAAGCCUCAUCGGUAUAUGCAGAGAAACGACACUCUGACCCUCUGGAUCACAACUGGAUCCUUUUCCUCAUACUCUCAAUAUGUGCCAAGGCCACGUCCUAACUCUCAUCAGCAGAAAAAGUAGCUCUUGAAAAAAACAGUGAGUUAAUGUGGAGUUGACGCUCCUCAUGUUUAAGAAAAAAAAAAAAAGA